CUGACUGGAACCCUCACCGACUGUCCUCUUUCUCUCGACAUUCUCUGUUUCUCUGUUCUCUCAUUUUGCCGCGAUGGAUCUGUCACCUCUGGGAGAGCGUAAUGGCGAGAAAGUAAGUGUGAACGUCCCGGGACCGAUUUUGUCCUUCCAGAACAUCACUUACGUUGUGAGAGAGUCCCGGGGGCCGUGUCGGAAGAGAGCACCUGAGAGAGAGAUCCUGAAAAAUGUCAGUGGCAUCAUGAAGACAGGACUGAAUGCGAUCAUGGGGGCAACAGGAAGUGGCAAAACCUCACUUUUGGACAUGAUCGCUGGCAGGAAGGAUCCUCGUGGCUUACGGUCGGGUCAGAUCUUGGUCGAUAACAAGGUUGUCACUUCUGAACUGCGUCUCACCUCAGCUUAUGUUGUUCAGGACGACAUUCUGAUGGGCACCCUGUCCGUCCGAGAGAACCUCAUGUUCUCCGGACACUUGCGCUUGCCACGCCAUCAAUACUCCACUUCUGACAAACAAAAGAAAGUGACGAGCGUUAUCAGUGAGCUGGGACUUGAGGACUGCGCUGACACCAAGAUCGGUACCGAGUUUCUGAGAGGCGUGUCUGGUGGAGAGAGGAAGCGUUGUAGCAUAGGAAUGGAGCUCAUCACUUCUCCGUCGCUCCUUUUCCUAGACGAGCCGACUACUGGACUCGACUCCAACACGGCCAACAGCAUCAUAGCUCUUCUGCACAGACUGUCCCGAAGUGGCAAGACCAUUAUAUUCUCCAUCCACCAGCCGCGUUACUCCAUCUUCAGACUCUUCGACCACCUGACUCUGCUCCACAAAGGAGAGUGUGUCUACGCCGGUCCUGCUAAUGAUGGCAUUCAGUACUUUAAUGACUUGGGUUAUGAGUGCGAGGCUUUCAACAAUCCUGCAGAUUUCUUCCUGGACAUCACAAAUGGGGAACUUUCGCCUGCAGUGCCAACAGAUAAAUCCCUGGCGGAGCUUUAUAGAGAUUCUCAGGAUUAUGCUGCGCUCACAGAGGAGCUGAAGCAAAUCACAGUCCCGUCUGAUUGUAAUAUCACAGCGAAACGAUCAUCACCAUCUUAUGUAACACCGUUCUUCUAUCAGUUACACGUCGUGUCCCAGAGGACGGCGCUGAACUUGUUGAGGAAUCCGCAGACCUCUUAUGCGCAGAUGGCGCUGAACAUCCUGUUUGGAGUGAUGGUGGGACUCAUUUACUUUCAGUUGCCUCACACGCUACCUGAAGCCCUGCAGAACAGAACCGGAGCGUUCUUCUUCCUCAUCAUCAACAUGGUGUUUGGAAACCUGUCAGCAGUGGAGAUCUUCAUUAACGAGAGAGCGCUGUUUGUGCAUGAGAACUCGAGCGGCUAUUACCGAACCUCGGUGUACUUCCUGUCCAAAGUGUUUGUAGAUUUAAUACCAAACCGCAUGAUACCUAUCCUUGUUUUCUCUGCCAUCGCAUACUACAUGAUGGGGCUAAAGCCAGCGUUCGUGGCGUUUCUGUGCUUCUCACUGACCCUGUCUCUGGUGAAUCUGGCGGCGGUCAGUCUGGCUUUCCUGGUCAGUGCCAGCGUGAACUCCUUCGCCAUGGCCAACGUUCUCAUCGCGCUGCCCUUCGUCUUCAUGAUGGUGUUCGGCGGCUUCCUGGUGAAUCUGAACGCCAUGCUGAGCUGGCUGUCCUGGCUCAAGUGGAUCAGCAUCUUCCGAUACGGACUGAACGCGAUAAGCAUCAAUGAAAUGACAGGACAGGUGUUUUACAACAACGGCUCCAGAUUAACAGGAGAGAUGUAUCUGGAGGCUCAGAGAAUCGACUACAGCACUUGGGGGUUCUGGCAGAAUCACGUGGCUUUGCUGGGCAUCGUGGUGGUGUGUAUGACGCUGGCCUACGUGCAGCUCCUCAGGAUUAAUCGCUGGAAGUGACGGAAUCACGACGCCGUGAGGAAAAGUAGAAAUAAAACCGUAUCUGUUAUUACACACUCCUACACCAGCGUUCAACAGUCCACUCAGAUUCACACACUACAUUUAAAUCUAUCAAACAGUUCAUUGUGUUUAUUUGCCAGUUUGGACAUCAGCUUAUAAUUUCAAUGUUUAACAAAAGAAAUCGUGAAUCAUCGUGUUUUCCAUCGUCAUCUACGGCUCCUGUGAACUUUCUGAACAGGAGCAACAAGAUGACAUCAUGGAAAGACACUCAGCGUUUUUUAAACAAUCAGUUUACAUCCUUUAAUGAACAAAAUUUGUAUUUUGUUUUUGUUUUUUUUUGUAAUUAACUUGUGUUUUAUACAUUUACUAUUGUUAAUAAAAAGGUAAAAAUAGCUGUAAGCCUCUUUAACUAUAAGAAAAUUAAAUUACACAUCCCUUUCCCUCUUUUUUCAACUUUAACUGAAAUUAUUUUUUCAUUAUAAUUAUUUAAUUAUAUAAUUAAAUUAUUUAUUAAAUUAUUUUUUGAUGUAAUUUUAUUUCAUCUUUGACCCUCUUUGUCUUGUAGUGUGGAAUUAGUGUGCUUAGUGUUUU